UAUAUAAGUAACUGCAUAGAAAAAAGAAAGCUCAGAGUACUAAACUUGAUUUUGAUCAUAAGGAGAAGGAAGAGAAAGAAGAACAAAAAUGGGGCUCAAGAACACAUUUUUCUUAGUGUUAGUAUUUUUUGUGGCAUUGAUCACCAAGGAAGCUCAGGCAGAAAAGCAUGUUGUUGGGGGAAGCCAAGGUUGGGAUGAAUCCACAGAUUUCAAAUCAUGGGUAUCCGGGGAAAAAUUCAAAGUCGGCGAUGAACUUGUGUUCAAGUACACAUCAGGGCUCCACAGUGUGGUGGAACUAGGCAGUGAGAGUGCCUACAAGAGCUGUGACCUUACCACAGCUUUAGACUCCAAGAGCAGUGGGAAUGAUGUGGUGAAAUUGGACAAGGCAGGCACAAGGUAUUUUGCUUGUGGAACGAUGGGCCAUUGCAAUCAGGGAAUGAAGGUGAAGAUCACAGUUCAGGGUGGUUCUGGAAAUUCACCUUCUUCUUCUCCAUCCUCUCCAUCAUCAUCUUCAUCCGGGUCUUCUACUACCACCUCUGCAGCUUCUACUAAUUCCUAUUCUUUUGCUUCAUUGGUCAUGGUAGCUUCAGUAUUGGCCAUCUUUAUGUUUUCUAUGUUUUGAAGUUUUUGUGAAAGAUAUGAAUUAAAUUGUAGUGGAUGUUGAAUUAACUUGAUGGAAAGAAUGACAUUUUGGUGUUUUAUUUGUUUAUUAUGUAUGAUUGGAAAGAGAGAUAAUGAAUAAUAUUGCUAAGUUUUAUUA